AUGGUGAAGCCAUUCGAGGUAGCAGAGGCAAUGAAAUCGGUGCGACCUGAGCUUGAAAAGAUAAUCACCUCUUCGCCUACUUGUUUCUUCCGGCUCGAGGAAUCGCCACAAGAGAACGAAGAGGGAAGGAGGGGGAGCUCGAGAAUACUGUCAGAAACAGACUCUCUGGUAUGCGACUUAGACGAAACUAGCGCAACAAGGGAGGAACAGGCCCUUGCUUGGGCUAGAUGCCCGAACGGCCAAGCUAAGAACUACCUCAACGCGACAAUAAAUUGGAUGUUUCAGGGAGAGGAGACACAAAAGGCAACAACUAACGCACUACCCACGAUUCCCAUGGAACUGCUGGAACGACGUUUACGUGGAGCCAACAUAAAACCCAGUAACUGA